AGCGAUCAUGAACGGUGUGUGGUUGAUAGCAUUGGAGUCAGAAGCUCAGCUCAUCCACGGAACAGUCUGGUAGAGGCACCAAUGAAGAACUUCCUGAAAUUUUAACCUCCACAUUCAUGUUAGUACCUGCAUCAUGGCACAGCAAGCAAACGUUGGUGAGCUCCUCUCCAUGCUGGAUUCUCCUAUUCUGGGUGUUCUGGAAGAUAUAACAGCUGCAUUCAAAGAUAAUCUCAUUUGUGACCGUGGGCCCAUGCUUGUGAACAACCUGGUAGACUAUUACUUGGAAACCAAUUCUCAGCAGGCACUGCAUAUACUGUCCACGCUGCAGGAGCCUCAUGACAAGCACCUACUGGACAAAAUUAAUGAAUACAUGGGCAAAGCUGCUACGCGGUUACCCACACUCUCUCUCCUGGGCCAUGUGAUAAGACGACAGCCGUCUUGGAAACAUAAACUUUCUCAAGCACCUCUCCUUCUGUCAUUACUUAAGUGUCUCAAGACUGACACAGAUGUAGUAGUACUCACCACAGGUGUCCUAGUGCUAAUAACCAUGUUGCCAAUGAUUCCUCAGUCUGGCAAACAAUAUCUUCAUGAUUUCUUUGGUAUCUUUGGCCGCCUCUCAGCCUGGUGCUUGCAAAAUUCAGGUCAUGUGGCAGAAAUUUAUCUUGUCCAUCUUCAUGCCAGUGUUUAUGCUCUCUUUCAUCGUCUUUAUGGAAUGUACCCGUGCAAUUUUGUCUCCUUUCUGCGCUCUCACUAUAGUAUGAAGGAAAACUUGGAGACCUUUGAAGAGGUCGUCAAGCCAAUGAUGGAACAUGUGCGAAUUCAUCCAGAAUUAGUGACUGGAUCUAAGGACCAUGAACUGGACCCACGAAGGUGGAAAAGACUAGAAACUCAUGAUGUUGUGAUAGAAUGUGCCAAAAUAUCCCUGGACCCUGCAGAAGCAUCAUAUGAAGAUGGCUACUACUCUGUGUCUCGGAAACUCUGCACAAGCUUAAAGCAUCAUCAAACUGACCCUGGUGCCAGGCAUUACAUUGACACACAGAGCAGCUAUGGAACUUCUACCCCUUAUUCCACUCCUCGGCUAACACUAUCGCAAAUGCCAGGGCAGCUACCUCAGAUCCUGAGCCCACAGUCAAUGCGGCUGUCAGCUGAGCCACAGCAGGUCACCAUCUGGAGCCCUUCUGCAGUUUGUGGUAUGACCACUCCACCAACAUCCCCUGGAAUUACCCCAUCGGAAUCCUCCCAGUCUACAUCACAACCUUACAGCAAAGCUUUCAAUACAUCUGGUACGUGCUCACCAGCCUGCAUUUCAGAUGACUUUGUGCACGUCUCACUCCCUUCAGCUGCUGCCACACCUCUUAAGAAGGAGGAUAAACCAGAUUCUGGGAGGCCUUUACUGUACCGACAACAAAAUGUCACAAAUAGUGAGAAAUCAUUGGACACACCUGGUAGUAAAAGUUCAGUAACUUUAAGUGAUCUUCCAGAAUUUUUAGGAGGUUUAUCUUUGGAUGAUAGUGCUGAAAAGGACAGAGAGGAAGAUGCAAUAUCUAAAGAGAUCUCCGAGAUCACAACUGAUGCUGAACACAUGGUGCCUAGGGGAGGAUUCGACUCUCCGUUUUACCGCUCAAAUGAAAAUCUAUCCGGCUCUCAAAAGAAGACCCAUUCAGCAGUCUCUAGUGUCCAGGGACACAGUCUGACCUCUGAGCCUUUAACGUCUUCUCUGGACAAGCCUGGGCCUGAGAGCGCGCGGGAAACACCCAAACAGACAUUUACUCCCAUAGACAAACCCUGUGGAGGCUCUGGUGAAAGCCCUGCUGGUACCAGGGAAGGAACCUCUGGAGAGACAAGUAUCCUCACUCCCAGCCCUUGCAAAGUACCAGCACAAAGAAGAGUGGGGUUUGGGAGUGGGCAGCCUCCCCUGUAUGAGCACCUUUUUGAGGUUGCAUUACCAAAGACUGCCUACCUCUUUGUUGGCAAAAAGACUGAAGAGCUGCUAAAGAAAGCCAAGGGAAGCCAGGAUGAAGACUGCAUGUCCUCUACUUCUCCAGUGGAAGUACUGGAUAGACUGAUACAGCAAGGAGCAGAUGCACACACUAAGGAGCUGAGCAAGUAG